AUGCCAGGUCUCACAGCGCCCUCUGAUUAUUCCCAGGAACCUCCGCGCCACCCUUCUCUUCUAAUCAACGCCAAGACACCAUUCAAUGCGGAGCCACCACGUUCCACGUUGGUUGCUUCGUACGUCACCCCUUCCGAUUUCUUUUACAAGAGGAAUCACGGUCCAAUUCCCAUCGUUGAGGACAUAAACAGAUACUCCGUCUUCGUGUCCGGUUUGGUGGAGAGUCCCAAGCAACUCUUCAUGAAAGAUAUCUGGAUGCUUCCAAAGUAUAAUGUCACUGCUACAUUACAGUGUGCAGGUAAUAGGAGGACUGCUAUGAGCAAGACCAAAACAGUGAGGGGAGUUGGAUGGGAUGUUUCUGCUAUUGGAAAUGCAAUAUGGGGUGGUGCCAAAUUGUCCGAUUUUCUUGAACUCGUUGGAAUUCCAAAGUUGACUAGUGUCACUCAAUUUGGUGGAAGACAUGUGGAGUUUGUAAGCGUUGAUAAGUGCAAGGAGGAAAAUGGAGGCCCAUACAAGGCUUCAAUACCACUCAGUCAGGCCACAAAUCCUGAAGCAGAUGUUCUUCUAGCUUAUGAAAUGAAUGGUGAACCUCUUAACAGGGAUCAUGGGUAUCCAUUACGUGUGGUUGUUCCUGGUGUCAUUGGAGCCCGGUCUGUUAAAUGGCUGGAAGAUAUCAAUAUCAUUGCAGAAGAAUGCCAGGGUUUCUUCAUGCAAAAGGACUACAAAAUGUUUCCACCAUCAGUUAAUUGGGAUAGCAUUGAUUGGUCCACCCGCAGACCCCAAAUGGAUUUCCCAGUUCAGUGUGUUAUAUGUUCUCUAGAAGAUGUGAGCACAAUAAAGCCAGGGAAGGUAAAAAUUAGUGGAUAUGCAGCUUCAGGAGGUGGCAGAGGCAUUGAGAGAGUAGAUGUUUCUGUUGAUGGAGGCAAAACAUGGAUGGAAGCUUCAAGGUCUCAGAAAAGUGGUGUUCCCUAUAUAUCAGAGCAUGCCAGCAGUGACAAAUGGGCAUGGGUGCUCUUUGAAGUUACAGCUGAUAUUCUUCAGAGCACUGAGAUUGUUGCAAAAGCGGUAGAUUCUGCUGCAAAUGUCCAACCUGAAAAGGUUGAAGACAUUUGGAACCUGAGAGGGAUUUUAAACACUUCAUGGCAUCGGGUAAAAGUCCAAGCGAGUCACUCAAACAUGUGA